AUGAAAUCAUUAUUAUCAAUAUUAGUUAUCUUUAUAUUUACCAUUCUUAUGGUUCAUUAUUCAUCGGCAAAUAUUGUUGACACACAAAAGCGUUACUAUGACAUAUGGGAUUCCAAAGACGACGUACGCAGUGAUGGAUAUGAAGGAUCUAUCAAAGUUUUCCCUCUUUCACAAAAAGGUCACAAAAAAGAUGAUCCAUGCGCAAAUAAGCCAUUAUGGUAUUUAAAAUAUCAAGCACGUCUUGGCAAAUUAUCACCAUUCUAUGAUUGCCUUAGUGGACAUGGCAUAUAA